UAGUAUGAAAAGAAUAUAUUUUGUUGCGCUUAUGAUGAGUAACUGUUGUAUUCCUUAGAAACCUUUUUUUCUGUUUAUCUUGGAUAAAAACAAAUCCCUCUUCUGCGCUGACGUGUCAAGAACAUACUGCGCAUGCGCAGCCUGCCCCCACACUGAGACUGCGCAGUAGACACCAAGAGGGAAAUCCAAGAUGGCGGGGGUUUUAUUUUAGGGUCAGUUGUAGGAAGCGUUUCUCGCCGGAAAAAUGUUCAAGAAGCUAAAGCAAAAAAUUGUCGAAGAAUUAGAGGGUGAGCAGAGCCCCGAAGCAUCCCCGAACCUCCUCAAUGAAUCAUCGCAGUCGACUUCAGGUGCGAAAAGAAAUCCCCGCUCUUUGGAUGGAACUCCCCUUAAACGAGGAGCGUCUUCGGAUGGAAGCCACACGCCAUCAUCGUCUUCAGAAAUCAUUUCUCAAGGAAACGUGAAUUCCAAUGGUUCGACAUCGAAACCGAACAAAUCCACUCCUCAGCAAGUCCUGGCGAGAGUCACCCAAUUGCUAGAGACUGGGAGACCUCAAGACAACGGAGAACAAGGUAGGCCUGGAGAUGUAACACCUCCACAGAAUGCAAGCACACCGUUUAGGACACCCAGUAGGCAAGAGUCUACAGAGUUUGACACGCCGAGAGGAGGGGCAGGUAGCAAGCACGCCCAACCCUCAAGCCCUGGUUACUUGGAUAGAUCUGAUGCUGAAUCUGAGGGCGACCAUGGGAUGCCAGGGACGCCCCGCCUGGAAAUGGCGACAAAAGAAGAUCUCAUUAAUAUGUACAGAAAGCAGGACCGGGUACUUAUGCGGUACAAAACACGUUUUUCAGAGGUAGUAGAUGCUUACAAAAAUCUUCAGAAGGAAAAUGAGAAACUACAGACUAAUCUCACCCAAACUCAAGACAAAGCCUUGCGGAGAAUAUCAGAAAUGAAAGAGACAAUUGAGCUUGAAAAGCAAGCCAAAAUGCAUAUGGAGGAAACUCUUCGGCUUUCUCUAGAGGAGAAAGAAGAUAUCAUCAAAGCUUUGCAGACACAGAACUCUUUACUGAAGCAACAGAGUUUUCCAUCUACUGGAUCCAGUGAGCACCUGAGCCCUGACUCUGGACUGGGUUCCCAAAGUGAUGAAGAAAAAAUUGAGAGGCAAAGGCUGGUUGAUAUGAUUGAUGGCCUACAAAAAGAACUUGAUAGUGCCAAGGAGCAUUCUACUGCUUUAGAUUCAUCAACUGCACAGCAACUCAAAGAUGCAAAGAACCUUAUUCUUCGGCUUGAACAAGAGAAACAAACUGCUAUUCAGGACAUGAUGUCCAACAUGCAAGUGGCACUCCAGGAGAAAGACGAUACAGUCGCAGAGAACACUAAGUUGAAGCAAGCCCUCAAGAGCCGAGAUGUCACUAUAGAGGAGAUGAAAAAAGAGAAAGAUGAGUUUUUCCACAACAUGGAGAAAGCUCUUGAAGAGUCUGAAAAGAAGAGGGAGAUUGCUGAGUUGAAAAAAGAGCGGGAAAUAGAGGCAAUGAAGGCAGAGUUCGAUGCAGCGUCUAGUGCUGAGGAGAAGGACAGGCGGAUGCUUGUUGAUGAGAUGAGGAAAGACAAAGCUGAGGUUGUGGCCCUUAUGCAGAAAGAGAUAUCGGCAGCCAAGGACAGUGAACUAGAGAAGGCACUCGCUAAGAAGGAGAAGGAGAUGGAGGCUUUGUUGGCCAGUAAAGAGGAGCACAUGAAGGCUUUACUGGAUGAAAAGGUAAAGGAGAUCGAGAUUGCAGUCGACGAGAAAGAGCUGCAAAAGGAAGCCGCCCUGAAGGAGAAAGAGAAAGAGCUUCAGCAGCUAAAGAACCAAGUGGAGGAACUAAACAUGCAGCUGCAGUACCAGAAAUCUUUGAUGUGCAAGACAGAGGAGGAGAAGGAAGGCCUCGCAUCCAUGUUGCAGGGUGACUUACAGCGAAUUAUGGCAGAAAAACACGAUGCUGAGAGCCGCCUAACUGAAUUACAACACAAAAAUGAGCAGGAGCAGGAAAAAAUGAAGGAGCUUAUCCAACAGCACAAUAACAGACUAAAAGAGAAGCAAGAGGACCAUCAAAAGAACUUAGCAAAAUUGAAGAAAGCUCACCAAAAUAAAAUCACAGAACUUACGGAAGCUAUCAAGAAAGCUGAGCACAAGGCUGUUGAGUCAGAAAAACAGCGGAAACUCGAAAAUGAGAAGCAUAGUAUGGAACUUGAAGCUAGAGAGAAAGAUCUUCUUUCUGAUAAACAAUCGGAGCUCGCACGAGUUUCUAAGCGCAUGGAGAGUAAAACGAAUGAAAUGAAAAAGAUUGUUAAAGAGCUGCGGGCCAAGCUGUCAGAAAAAGAGACUCUGGCCAAUGAUCUUGAGCAAAAGCUCAAAGCUUUGGAAGAUAGAUCUAUAACUGAGAAAUCUGAAGCUGUGUUGCUGUUUGAAUCAAAACUGGCGACAUUAAAUAAGACAAUUGAAGAUCUGACACAAGAAGUCAGUCAAAAGGACAAGCAGCUCAAAGCCCUUGAGGAAAGCAAGGAAAGCGACAUCAGAACACUUAGUAGCGAUUACGAUAACCGUCUCAAAGAUAAGGAACGAGAGGUUGUGGAUUUUAAAGGGAAGUUUACUGAAAAAGAGUAUUACGCUAAAGAACUUGAGAAAAAACUCCUUGAACUACGAGAAGAAACAGAUAAAAAGCUCGAGGUAACAAAAAAAGAAGCGGAAAUUAAAGUCCAAUCUGUCGAAGAACAACUCAGCUCUCAAAAGGCAGAGGAACUUCUUGUCAUGCAAUCAGAGCGGGAACUAGGGGAAAAGGCUGCAAUGGCACAAUGUGAGGAAUAUAAGAAAAAGAACAAUGAGCUGAAUGAAGCACUUCAGGCAGCCGAAACUAAGAAUAAAGCUAUGGAGAAAGAAAUUGAUGCAUUGAAACAAAAUAAAGACAAAGAUGUGACUGCCUUGAAGGAAGAACUCACCUCUGAGGUUCAAAAGUACAAGGAAGAGAAACUAAUGGCUGAGGAAAAACACUUAGCUGAAGCUCAGAGCAUUAAGGUGGAGUACGAGAAAAAAGUGGAAGAACACAUCAAAGAGAAGAACGAAGCUAUCAGUCAACUGCAGAGCGAAAUCACCAAAGUAGAGAAAGAACGAAAUCAGGUCAGCGAGCAGUUGAAAUCUGCUCUGGAGGAGACGGGGAAGGCAUCCAGAGAAGAAAAGUUGUUACUUGAGGACAGAAUGAGUCAGCAUGAGUCUUAUUAUAAGAAACAACUGGACGAUGCCGCUAACGUACACGAGGAAAAGCUGCUGCGUCUUCAGGAGAGAAGUAAAUCUGAACUUGAAAAACUUCGUGCACAUCUUGAAAGUGAUAUUAACGAAAAAGAGAAAGAGAUUGAAAGAAAAGAUAACGCACUAAAGGAAUUCCAGGAGAAAAAUAAAGAACUUGAAUGUCAGCUUGCUGCUACUGGCGAGUUGAAGAAAACCGUCGACGAGUUAAGUAAUAGUAUUACGCUAAGGGAUGAAAAGAUCACUAAAAUUAAGGAACAACUUAAACAAACACUAGAGAAGUUCAAAGAGAAAGAGAAGGCACUUAAAGAGGAGAUAGCGGAGAAGGAAAAGGUAGGGAAAGAACUGGUGGCUGAGACCGAACGCACUUUCCAACUAAAGCUACUUGAAAAAGAUCAAAGCGUGAAAGACAAAAUGGACGAGCUUAUGCAGCAAAAAGAACUGGGUGUCCAAGAUGUUACCGAGAAUCUUGAGCGAAUGCAUCAAGAGCAAAUUUCCAACCUUGAGGAGCGACAUCGAGCUGAGAUAGCCGAACAAAACCUUGAAUGGGAGAAAAAAAUCGCUAGUAUACGAAAGGAAAGUGAGGAAAUGAUGGAGAAAAUAAUCAUUGAGUCUAGGGAAAAAGAAGAAGCCUUGGUUCAGGACCUUGAUAAUUUGAGAAACGAAAUUAAACAGAAAGAAAAGCAAUCAAAAGAGAAAGAAGAGGACCUACAUAACAACCUCCGGGAUCUAUCAGAUGAGAGACAGACGUUGGAACUCAAGGUAAGAGACAUUCUCAAUGAAAAUAAUCAGCUAAAAAAGGAAUUAACGAGCGUUAAGAAAGAGCUGGACUGUAGAAUAAUGGAAAUGGUAGAAAAUCAUAGACACGAGCUGGACGACUUAAGAACUCAGGCCGAGAAGCGCCUUGAGGAGCUGAUUCAACAGCACGAAAGCGAGAUGGAGGGAGUGGACAGUCGCAUUCAGCAGGCACGACUUGAGUCCGAGAACAAUUUCAAGGAGAUUCUAGAGACCCAUCAACGUGAAAUGGAAGAGAUUCGCAACAGCCACGAGAAUAAGAUGCAAGAAAUGGCAGAAAACCACGCCAGCGAACUUGCCCAGAUGAAGGAUAUUUAUGAGAAGCAGAAUAGAGAGAGCGAAAAGUUGCGAAGUCACCAUCAGCUUGAGCUGGAUGCGCUGGUGAGAGAUCACGACAAACAGCUGGAGGACCUCAGAGGUUCACUGGGGAGCACCGAGAAUGAGCGUAAACAGCACCUCAAGGAGCUGAACGAAGCGCAGCAAAAGCACAGCGACGAACUAGAACAACAGCGAAUAAGCCUUCAGAAUGAGUUCACAAAGCGGGAAGAGGAUUUGAAAACACAUCUAGAGGAACUUGAAAAGUCACACAGGGAUACUAUCGAAGAAAUAAAGACCCAAGCAGAAAAGGAGGCAGCAUCACUUAAGCAGACUAUGAAAGAUUUAACCUCUAAGCACGCUUUGGAAAUAGAAGAGAAAAUGCGUACGUUUGCUGAAGAAAAAAAUUCAUUGUCGAGUCAAGUUAAUAGCCUUGAACAGGAAUUGGCGAAUCUGAAAGAUAAGCAUAGCAAGGAAAUCGAGAAAUUUGCAAAAGGGGCAGGGGAAAAUAAAUCCUUGCUCGACCAAAAAGUUUCGCAGAUGAAAGAAAAGGUAAGAGGCAUAAAGAAAGAGUUCGAGGAGAAACUUGCUGAGAAAAGUAAACUGGAAGAGCAAUUGAAGCAACGUUUGCUAGAUAUGGAGAAGGAAUCACAAAACCGCCAGCUUGAGAAAAGGGAAGUGCAGGCGAAGCAAACGUCAGAAACUAUGACAGCAAAUAUCAGUCAAUUAAAUGAACGUGAAAAGAAACAUAAGCAGGAAAUGCUAGUACUUGAAAACAAUUGGAAAGAAAAAUACUCAGAAAUCGAGGAGAGGUACUCAUCACAGAUAUCGAAUAUUAUAGAGCAGCACCAGAGAGAGAUUUCCCAGUUAAAGAGCGAUCACCACUCGGAACUUGCGGAGUUGAAGGCUCACAACCAGCAGAAGAUAACCGACAUCGAGGAAGCCGUGAACGCACGCGUUAAUGAGGCAGAGGCAACCACCUCGGAUUUGCAAACAAAACUUCGAAAAGCUAAAGAGAAAAUUAAACAAGGCAGUGCACGUCAAGAAGAGCAAACAAAGAAAUAUAAGGCCUAUCAAGAAAAGCGAGAAAAAGAUGUUGCUGAAUUACGCGAGAAAGUGCAGUCUCUUGAAAAGGAACUCAUGGAAACUUCCGAGAAAUUAAGGGAAGACUUGCGAGGUUCUGAGAAACGAGAAGAAGAACUUAAACUUAAACUUGAAGCUGGUGAAAGUAAUAAUCAAGCUAUCGACAAAAAGAUUGCUGAACUUUCUGCAGAAAAGCAGGAAAUUAUACAAACUUCUGCCAAAGCAGAAGAAGCAUUCAAGAUACAAAUUCAUGAAUUAAAGUCACAAUUCGAAACAACUAAUCAAACUUAUGAAAAUGAGUUAAGCGCUGCGAAGCAGGAACUCGAUAACAAAAUUAAAGAGUUGGAAAGUGAAAAAGAGACUGCGCUGGAGAAAAUGUCCGAGGAUAUGCAGAAGCAGUCAAGGUCUCGAGUUGCGGAGAUGAAAAAGAAGGCGGAGGCUAAAAUUUCAUCGGUUAAGAAUCAACUAACGACUCAACUAGAAAGUAAAGUAAAUGAGAUAACUCGUUUGAAGGCGAACUUGGGUGAGGUAGAAAAGAACAUGGAAGAACUCAAGUCUGAACACUCAAAGGAGCUUGCACGGGCUGCUGCAGAGUUUAAUGAAAAGUUAAAAGAUCAGAAAGAGUCACACGAGAAAGGGGCAGGGGAGAGGGAAAAGGAGCUGCUACAACAGGUUGAAGAACUUAGCACUCAAGUGAAGACUCUGGAGCAGAGAAUUGAGCAGCUGGUGAUUGUGAAGAUGGACGCUCUGCACGAUCAAAAAGCGACGUUAAUAGAAGAACAUAAUACUGCGAUAGAAAAGCUAAACAAGGAACACGAAGCGAAGUUAGAAAGCGUAGAGCGAUUAUAUAAGGCGAAGCUUGACGAGAAGGACUUCGAUCACAGCUCACAAGUGAAACAGCUCUUGAAGGAAUUCCACAUCAAGUACGGAGAAAAGGAACGAGAGCUCCAGGAUACCGUCAGUAACGCAAUAGAGGCAAGUCAGAGAGAAGAGAACAAGCUUGUGGACAAAUACGAGGAGGAGAUACGCGAGUACCGGAAAGAGCUGAAGAUGAGGGAAGACGAGAUGCUUGAUUACAAGAGGAUUACAGACCAGAAGGUGCAAGAGAGCGAGCAAAUGGUCGAGGAGCUCAAGAAACAGCACGAGGACGCGUUACUCGCAGCCGAGGCCGACUACCACAGUAAGAUGGAAGAGAUGCUGAAAAAGAACGAGGAGGACAUGGAGAAUUUAAACAAGGAGCACAAACUCAAACUCGAUGAGCUCCAGGAGGCCCAUCGGCUCGACCAGAAAUCUGAGGUCGCUGCAAUCGAAAAAAAGUUGAAGACGCAGAUGAAGAAAAAUCAGAACGAAAUGAAGAAACUUCUGAAUCACAAGGAGGCUCUUCUACAGGCCCAGAGCGCUGUUAUGGUAGAGUCUGAUCCAGGCCAGCUCAACCGUGCUAGCUCUUCUUCGUCUCUUAAUGAAGCGGAUAACGAUGCCGGACAAUCUGUUCUACGAGAUCAAAUUACGCGGUUACAUGCUGAGGUGAGCAUGUUAAAGGAAAGAGAAUCUUCCCUCAAAAAACAGAUAGAGCAGCUUGGCGGUUCUCCUGUGAAAGGCAUACACGAUCGACCAGCCCAGCUGAAUUUGCAAACCAACCCUUUGUCUCCAUUCCACGAUCCUCCCAAGUCCCCAGUUGAGGAGCCUAUGCAGUUCGAGUACUUGAGGAAUAUACUGUUCGAGUACAUGAUGGGACGGCAACGUAAGCAACUAGCCAAAGUAUUGUCCGCUGUUGUCAAGUUUACUCCAAAACAAGUAAAACAGAUCAUGCAAAAGGAGGACGAAUAUGCCGCAAGCCAGGUCGGGGGAGUGUUUUCGCCGUAUAAGAAAUAGCCCAGUUCAAGGUCCUGUUUGCACGCAGGUCAAGUGACCACGUGUGUACACAGGUCCAUCUCCAUAUCCAGGCAACGAGUCCAACGCUGCGUUCGUUUUUUUAAAGAUCGGUGCAAUACAUAGCAAGCGACAUUAGACCAGGGGUUACCGUCGCUCUCCAAAGAUCCCGGCCUACAGGAGCUUCUUAAAGGUGUGAUUUUGGCGGCCAAAGAGGAAGCACUGGACUGCCAAGCAUAUAUAACAACACAAACACACGGGAAGAAUGAUAUGAAGUAGCGCAUGGCAUCUAGGAUGUUUGCUUCUACCGUUCGGUUGCGUUUACGUCGCAUUUUUACCACCGUUUGUGUACAUUACUAUACGUGGCUUUUCCAGAAAGUCUCAAACUACAAACACUAUUCCGUGAAUCAUACAUUGACACCAUACAAACGUGCGCGAUAAAAAUGCGCCAAAACUUUGCGAUUGUUUACUAUAGCAUUUUUCAUUCUUUUACUCAAAAUAGAAUUUGUUAUUCUCAAGACAGCUUAGUUAUUAGGGAAAUAGCGUAUGGUCUUCUUGUUAGCAAUCCUUUCGUCCGGCUGAUCCAUAUCCGUUUGCCGAGUUUGAAAAUUACACUGUCGCGUGUCAACACAUUUGACUCGACGGAAGAGUAUUCGCAGCUUGAGCGUCGAUGCUUUAUCUUGGGUGCCAGAUGCAAACGGCGGUAUAGCCGCAUUGUCACCAGUUUACUUCGGGUCGAUUACCUAACAAUAUCCGAUGAUUUUUAACG